CUGUACCGGAGCUGAAAAGAUGGCUGCUAGCAACUAUUUCGGGUUCACACAUGGUGCCGGUCCGCAAUACAGUACCCAGCCUCCCACAGCCUACUCCCACCCAUCUACAGCGACCUACAGUGUCCAGCAGCCACCAGCUGUGGCUCAUGCAGUCACUGCGUCCUACUCUCCAGCUCCAGUCCAGGCAGCCCAGCCUGUGGCCUCAGCCCCCUACCCCACCUACCAGAGCCACCAAGCACCUCCAGAUUACACCUAUAGGCAGCCAGAUCCACCACAGCCCACCACUACCCCUCAGACGUACCAGGUAUACUCUAGCAUGGACAACUAUAGCUACGUUCGUCCUGCUGCUGCGACGACUUACGACAACAAACAGUAUUACCAGACGAGUAUAGCUCCGGCUCAGAGGACAGCCACAGAUAACUAUUACCAGACUGUAGGAGUAAAGAGUGCGUACAGCCCGGCUCCUUCCACUGUGUACAAUCAGCCUCCUCUGCCACAGAGGCAGGUGACGGCCCUGAAACCCCUGGUCCCCUCCAGCGCUGUGUCGACUAGCUAUAACAUUUACCCUAUGUCCACCAGUGUCCAGCAGCCUCCAGCGCCCAUUUCAUCCUACACCCUCGGCUCAUCGUUUGGCUGCACCGUCUCAGCCUCUUCCUACUCUGGCGUUAACUACCGCAGUUAUGAUUCUACUGGCUACACCUCUGCGCCAACCCCCUCCUACUACCAGCCGACUCAGCAGACCCUCUCCCAACCCCAGCCUCCCCCUCAGCAGCCCCAUCAACCUCAGACCCCUGUUCAGCCUCCACCCAAGCAGCUGACGAGUUCCUCUUGGAGUAACUCAGGGAGCAACAUGGUGACGGCUCCGACAGUAAACUCUUACAAAAAGCCGACUUUUCACCAGAACAAACUGCAGAGGCCUAAGGGGCCUCCUAAGCAGCCUCAGCUUCAUUACUGUGACAUUUGCAAGAUCAGCUGCGCAGGCCCUCAGACCUACAGGGAACACAAUGAAGGCCAAAAGCAUAAGAAAAAGGAAGCAGCCCUAAAGGCAGGGGGACAGAGCGGGACCAGCAAUGGGCCCAAAGGAGUCCAGACCCAGUUACGCUGUGAGUUAUGUGAUGUGUCGUGCACCGGAGUGGACGCCUACGCUGCACAUAUCCGCGGGGCCAAACACCAGAAGGUUGUGAAACUUCACACCAAGCUUGGAAAACCGAUCCCAUCCACUGAGCCAGUUCUGGUGAAUAAUUCUGCUCCAGCAAUAACAACCUCCACAGCAGGGAAACCUACAGUGUCGUCCUCCUCGUCUUCCUCAGUUAUUACAACCCCCGCAGUGACGGCCAAACCAGCGGCUGCAAACACUUCGGCCAAAACAACCCCACCAAUCAAGAAAUCAGCUCCCUCCAAAAUAAUGCUUAUCUCUAAUAAACCGACCAGUGCUCCAGCAGCAGCUGUGGCAGCUAAAGUGGUCGAGCCUGUUCAGCCGUCUGUCCAGAAGAUGGAGCUACUGAGCGAGACUGAAAGAGAUGACAGAGCUGGAGGAGGUCAGGGGGACAUCCAGCCUGUGGGACAUGACUAUGUAGAGGAGGUGCGUAACGAGGACGGAAAAGUGAUAAGAUUUCACUGUAAACUGUGUGAGUGCAGUUUCAAUGAUCCAAACGCUAAAGACAUGCACCUGAAGGGGCGAAGGCACAGACUGCAGUACAAGAAAAAAGUAAACCCCGAGCUUCCUGUGGAGAUUAAACCCAGCAAUCGUGCUAAAAAGAUUCAGGAGAACAAGCUGAAGAAGCAGAAACAGAAGGCUGUGCUGAAGAGACAGAGGGACGAUGAGCAGCACUGGCACAUGGAGUUGAGACGAUACGAGGAUGACUUGUACCGCAGGAGGAUGGAGGAGGAGCAGAUGUACUGGGGGGAUCAGAGGCGCAGGCUGGCCCCUCCACCUUUAAUGAGUCGCCCCGGAAUGCCAGUACCCCCUCUACUGAAUUGUGUCCGCCGCCCGGACUCUGCUGACGAUCGGCACAUCAUGGCCAAACAUUCCACCAUUUACCCCGUGGAAGAGGAGCUCCAGGCUGUUCAGAGGAUCGUCUCCCACUCCGAAAGAGCUCUGAAGCUGGUGUCAGACUCCCUGCUGGAGCAGGAGACUACAGCUGGAAGGCCUGAUGCUACUCAAGAAGGGGGUGAAAAGAGUGCUGAGAAUGCCGCCCGGCUGCUGAAGGGGGUGAUGAGGGUCGGUAUCCUGGCCAAAGGCCUGCUGCUUCGUGGGGACAGAAAUGUAGAGCUCAUCCUGCUAACGGCUAAGAAACCCACCAUGUCGUUACUGACGAACAUCACCAAACAGCUGCCGAAAGAGCUGACGACAUUUUCUGAAGAUCAGUAUGAGGUGCAGGCUCACCCCGAGGAGGCCAACAUCGUGAUUAUUUCAAGCCAGGAGCCCAAAAUGCAGGUGACCAUUUCUCUCACCUCGCCCCUGAUGAGGGAGGACCCUGCUGCUGAGAAGGACAAGCAGGCAGGAGGAAAAGCGGCUGAGAAAGAUGUGUCUGAGAAAGAUCCCCCUGAUCUUUUGAAUAAGAAGAAAUGUUUGGAUUACCUGGCUGCUCUUCGUCACGCUAAAUGGUUUCAGGCUCGAGCGAAUGGAUUGCAGUCCUGUGUGAUCAUCAUCCGAGUGCUGAGGGAUUUGUGUCAACGUGUGACCACUUGGGGGAAAAUGCCUGACUGGGCGAUGGAGCUGCUGGUGGAGAAGGUGAUCAGCAGCUCCUCAGGUCCGCUCAGUCCAGGGGAGGCCAUGCGCCGUGUCCUGGAGUGCAUCUCAUCAGGCAUUCUGCUGCCAGACGGACCAGGUUUGAUGGACCCGUGUGAGAAGGAGCAAACUGAUGCUUUGGAGAGCAUGACUCUUCAAGCUCGGGAGGAUAUAACUGCCAGUGCACAGCACGCCCUGCGGCUGCUCGCUUUCCGCCAGAUCCACAAGGUUUUAGGUAUGGAGUCCCUGCCGGUGUCCAAGGAGAGCGCACGCAACCGCAAACGUCGACGGGACGUCAGUGAGACGGGUGAAGGAGAGGGGGAGGGCAAGAAAGACAAGAAGGAAGACGAAGCCACUGCUUGACCUCUGCCCUCCGAACUGGAGGGGUUUGCUAGUUUAAGAACUGGUAGAUUGUCACUUUCUAUUUUUAUUUUUAAUUUGGAAAGAACCUCGACAUGCAGCCAUACAUAAGUAUAACUUUGACUCUACAUGUUACACAUCUAUUCUUAAAUCAUAAAUAAUGUCUCUAAUGGAGUGUUGAGGCUGCAGUUUGAAGACCUGUGCACAGUUUAUUCUCAUGUAUAUGCAGUUGUUGUGUAUUCUAAAGUGUACAGAUGAAAUUAAGUUAAAAAUAAUCAUCUUGGCAUCAUUUCACUUCAGCAGAAUGACAAACUGCUUAUAAUCACUAUAAUCACCACUGCUGUUUUCUCCAUAUUAAAGCCUCCAGUAGAAUUUAAAGAUCUGCACCUUAAACUUUAUUUUUAUUUCUAUUUAAAGCAAAAAAAAAACUUUGUUGCAUCCAUAACAUCCAGUUUUUGGGAAAAGAAAGAUAAAUGAUGUACUGAAGUUUUCUUGGUGCUCAGAUUACACGAAAAAUCUCAAACAUUUAGUCGUUUUUUGCACCUAUUAAGCUCCUAAAGAGCGUUUUCUUUUCCAUAAACAUUAAAAACUACUGGAGGGAGACAAGACGUGAACUCAAACCAAACCAAAGGCCUUUCAAGACACAUUGAAGACCAGUCAGUUAAAAAUAAGUCAUGAAGCCUGCACAAACAGGAAGUAACCACCUUAAAAUAAACCUCAACCUCUUGCACAGUGGUACUCUUGAGGUAAUGAAGCACUUAAGAGAUAAUAAUAUAUGCAGCCAUAGAUCUAUACCUAAUAAUAAUCUCUUUUUUUUUUUCUAAAGGACAAUGUGCAGAUGGGAGAAGCUUUAGUCUAAAAAUAUCUGCUGUAAAGAGGAAAUAGUUACAGCCCUAUGACUUUCUUCCUUGUGCCUGGAUCGUUUGUAUUUAAAGAAAAAAAAAGACAGAGUUUGGGGAACAUUUUUAAGUUGUUUUUGUGUGUUAAGUUCUGUAUUAAUCUCAUUUAAUAGACGUGUAUGAUAGGAAAGGGACAGCUGGAUAUUUUGGGCUUAAAAGAUGUGACUUACUGUGCAUUUUAUUAUAAUUUUUUUAGUAUAUUUACCAAAAGCCUCUGCUUAUUUAAUUUACAAAGGAUGUUUGCAGUCUAUUUUGUAUCGUUUAAAUGGAAAGUGUGAAAGUAGCUGUCUUAUUAUUUGAAUGUAGUGUUGCCUCGUAUUAAGAGGAAGAAAUAAAACACUCUUAAGUCAUUA